UAAGCCAAAUUGGAUUUCAAAUUUUGCCAUUUGGAUUAUUUAGGAAGAAAAGAUUAAAAAAAAAUUGGGUAAAAAUUGUGGUGUAAAUUCUAUGUUUGAAUUCACAUUUUUAUUGCGAUAGAGAAUGAGCCGUUGGAGGUUGAAUACCCUCCGAUGUAGUCUCUACCGUCCGAUUGGGACUCGAUCUCUUAUCUGUUUUGCCGUAGUAGCGCGGUCAUCCGACCAUCUAAUACUCACCCCAAAAUUGCCCCCUUGUGCCCUAGCCCCUAGGCACUCAUGGCACGCACCUUACCAGUUUGCUACGUUUGAGAGGGUAAUGUGUAGAGUGUGAACCAUUUUUUUUCUUUUUUUUUAUGGUAUGGAUUUUCUCAGUUACCGAAAGUACUUUGUGUUUCAAUGAACGGAUAGGCAGAUACUGUCCAUUUAACAAGAGGUUUUGGGUUUUGGAGCUUCUGCUCUGUUGAAGCUGAUAAGGCAUCGACUUGAGAAGAAAUUGGGGAGAAAAACAGCUCUGUCUCUGCCUUAUCAGCUGAGAAAUUUUGCUUCGUCUCAAAAAUGGAAGCAAUUCAAUCACUUUCUUUCCUCUCCUUCUCGUCUAAUUUGAGCGAAGCAAAGAUCUUCCAAAGUUCAUAUGUUCCCACGGUAAAAAUCCAUCGAAGAGGAGAGGUUGUUUGUCUUGGUAUGUUAGCACCAAGAAAGUUUAUGCAAAGGAGAAAAAAAGUAGAAGUUUUCAAAGAUGCAGCUGAUGAAGUAGAUCAGAAGAAUUGGAGGAAAUUGAUGACAGAAAUUGAAGAGGAGGGUUCUGCAGUUGCGAUCCUUAGAACCCAAAGGAUGAAAAACCAAGGUCUUCCAAAGGACCUUGUACUGGGCUCCUUAGUGAGAUUUAAGCAGAUUAAGAAAUGGAACCUAGUCAGCGAGAUUCUUGAGUGGCUCAGGACUCAACACUGGUGGAACUUCAAUGAGAUGGAUUUUUUGAUGCUUGUUACGGCUUAUGGAAAGCUAGGUGAUUUCAACAGGGCGGAGAGGGUAUUAAGCUACAUGAACAAGAAUGGAUACCCUCCAAAUGUGAUAUCCCAAACAGCUCUGAUGGAAGCAUAUGGAAAAGGAGGCCAAUACAAUAAGGCUGAAGCUGUAUUUCGAAGGAUGCAGACUUCAGGCCCUGAACCGUCAGCUGUAACUUAUCAGAUAAUACUAAAGAUAUUUGUUGGGGGGGACAAGUUCAAGGAAGCUGAAUCAAUCUUCGAGACCCUGUUAAACGAUGAGGUAUCACCUUUAAAGCCAGAUCAGAAAAUGUUCCAUAUGAUGAUUUACAUGUAUAAGAAAGCUGGAAAUUAUGAAAAAGCUCGCCAGUUAUUUGCAAAGAUGGCUGAAAAAGGGGUCCCCCAAUCUACGAUUACUUAUAACAGCCUGAUGUCCUUCGAGACCAAUUAUAAGGAGGCUUCAAAAAUUUAUGAUCAGAUGCAACGAGCUGGUCUUAAACCUGAUGUUGUGAGCUAUACGUUGCUGAUUAGUGCUUACGGCAAGGCCAGAAGGGAUGAAGAAGCGUUGGCCGUUUUUGAAGAGAUGCUUGAUGCUGGUGUAAGGCCAACCCGCAAAGCUUACAAUAUUUUGCUUGAUGCUUUUGCCCUUUCGGGAAUGGUAGAAGAAGCCCGGACUGUGUUCAAGAGCAUGAGGAGAGACAGGUGCACUCCUGAUCUCUGUUCUUAUGCAACAAUGUUAUCUGCAUAUGUGAAUGCGUCUGACAUGGAAGGUGCUGAGAACUUCUUUAAGAGACUGCGACAAGAUGGCUUUACACCAAAUGUUGUGACUUAUGGAACUUUAAUAAAAGGAUAUGCAAGGAUUAGUAAUCUAGACAAUAUGAUGGAAAAAUACGAAGAGAUGCGAUUACACAACAUAAAACCUAACCAGACAAUCUUCACAAUUAUAAUGGAUGCUCAUGGCAAGAACAUGGAUUUCGGAAGUGCUGUAUAUUGGUUUAACGAAAUGGGAUCUUCUGGGUUCCCGCCGGAUCAGAAAGCGAAAAACAUCCUCAUGUCUUUGGCAAAAACGACGGACGAACAGAGGGAAGCAAACGAGCUUACAGGCCUUGCCGACCAUGACUUCGAUAAACAAACUCUUAGUGGAUCCUCCAAUUACGUAGACCGUGACGUUGAAGAUGACGACGAUGAAGAUGAAGAUGAGGAUGAGGAUGACGAGGAUGUGGAUGAGACUAAGACUGAUGAGACUGAGGUAGUGAUGUCUUAGCUUCUUGUUCCCAUAACAAACCGACUUGAUCGCCAUUAUGGUAAUACUGCACAAAUUCUGUAACUGUAAAAUAAUGCAAAUUUGGAUGUUGUAUGAUUUGCAAGUUUUGUAUUAUAGGAAAGAGUAUGUAGAACAGCUUCAUGUAAUUCGUUAAUUUUUAAAUUUAUAGGCUACCAUUGAUAUUGUUCCAAAA